AUGCUCUGGAAGUGGCUAGUGAUGCCACAAGGGCUAAGUAACGCCCCUGCAGCGUUCAACGAAUGCGUUACGAAUCGGUUGCGAUCGGUGCGGGAUUUUGUAUUUAGUUACUUUGACGAAAUCUUCGUCCAUAGCCUGGCUGUGGAUGGAAAGAUGGACGUGGAGGUUCAUACAAUCCACGUCCGGAAGUUUCUUACACUUAUUCGAGAUCACAAGUUGUUCGCGAACCUCACGAAGUGCAUCUUCGCAGCGAGCGAAAUACCACUUCUUGGAUGUAUCGCGAAUGAAAACGGCGUGCGCCUUGUUACGGAAAAGAUCAAGGCGAUUAGCGACUGGCCUGUACCAAUCGACAUCAAGGGACUCCGAAAGUUCCUUGGCUUGGCGGCGUACUUGCAUAAGUACUCGCGCAACUACGCCUAG